CAGCUCUACUGUCAAGAAAGAUAAAUUUCUGAUGCAAUUUUCAUUGUGAAAAAAUAAUUUGUAUAUUUAUUUAUUUCGGCUAAAUCUAACUAAAAUGGAAGGUGAAGAUGGCUUUGAUCCAACCUUAUUAAAGAAGAAAAAGAAGAAGAAGACUACGUUCGAUUUGGAUGCAGCUUUAGGGUUCGAUGAUGGUGGUAAAAAGGAGGAUUCCAAAGAUGAAGGAGCAACCGAUGUUGCUAUGGCCGAAGUGGAUGACAACCUCGAUUUAGAGAGUUUUGGCAAAAAAAAGAAGAAAAAGAAGAAGCCUUUUAAUUUAGAUGAAUUGGAAGGUGCUUUGCCCGAUGGAGCUGACGAUGUGACUGGCACAGCCACUACUGAGGAACCAGGCGAGGAAGAAAUUAAUUUAGACAUGGACUUUUCAAUGGCUAAAAAGAAAAAGAAGACAAAGAAGAAGGAUUUGGACGAGCUGUUUGCUGACAAAGCUGAGGAUGACAAAAGCGAAGACAAAGAAAAUUUCGAAGAUAACAGCUCAACCUGGGCAGGCUCAGACCGUGACUAUACUUACGACGAGUUGCUGAAACGCGUUUUCGAAAUAAUUUUGGAUAAAAACCCAGAUAUGGCCGCAGGUCGCAAGCCUAAAUUUGUUAUGCGACCUCCACAGGUGUUGCGAGUGGGUACCAAGAAGACAUCAUUCGCAAAUUUUAUGGAUAUCGCAAAGACUUUGCAUCGCUUACCAAAGCACCUUUUAGAUUUUCUAUUGGCCGAGCUUGGUACAAGCGGUUCUAUGGACGGCAACCAACAGCUCAUUAUAAAGGGUCGAUUCCAGCCAAAGCAGAUCGAAAAUGUGCUGCGUCGCUAUAUAAAGGAGUAUGUCACAUGUCACACCUGUAGAUCGCCUGAGACAAUAUUACAAAAGGAUACACGUUUAUUCUUUUUACAAUGCGAAUCUUGUGGUUCUCGAUGCUCUGUAGCUAGUAUCAAGUCUGGCUUCCAAGCUGUCACUGGCAAACGUGCUGCUAUCCGAGCAAAAACAACGUAAAUUCCGAAUAUGUAAGAUUUGAUAUUUUAUUGAGUAAAAUUUCAUUGAUUGGUAAACAAAUAUUUUAAUGCGACACUA